AUGCCAGACGGAAGGCAAAUCGUGCGCAAGUUGAAGAUGCCGACAAUCGUUUUUAAGGUGGAGACAAGAUCGGGCAACAAAAAGGUGACCCUGGUCAACAAUUUGGCCGCGUUUGGACUCGAUCCGAAGGAAAUCGCGCACACGACACAAGUUGGAGUUGCGGCAAGUGCGACGCUCGGCGAUGCUGCAUGUUGUGAAGGAUUUCAAGUGACCGUGCAAGGGAAUCAAGUGAAUUACAUCGGAGACUUGUUGAUGCGAACGUACGGAAUCGACCGAAAAUACAUAGAGGGACUCGAUUUGGCGCCAAAGAAGAAAAAG